AUGUCAAGAUCAGGGCUUAUGAGAGAGUAUAAACUAGUAGUUGUUGGAGGCGGUGGAGUUGGAAAAUCAGCACUUACUAUUCAAUUAAUUCAAAAUUCAUACAGAAAACAAUGCAUGAUUGAUGAUGAAAUGGCACUUCUGGAUAUUCUUGAUACAGCAGGACAAGAGGAAUAUUCUGCUAUGAGAGAACAAUAUAUGAGAAUAGGGGAAGGUUUUCUUUUGGUCUAUAGUAUUAAUAAUAGAUGUUCUUUUGAAGAAAUCAUAACAUUUCAGCAACAAAUUUUAAGAGUUAAAGAUAAAGAUCAUUUUCCUAUGAUUAUUGUAGCAAAUAAAUGUGAUCUGGAAGAUGAGAGAUAUGUAAGUCAUUAUGAAGGUCGAGAAUUAGCAAAAUCAUUUGGUUGCCGUUUUAUUGAAACAUCUGCAAAACAACGUAUAAAUGUAGAAGAAGCAUUUUUUUCAUUAGUACGAGAAAUUAGGAGAUAUAAUAAGGAACAUUCAGGUAGAAAAGCUUCUUCAAGCAUAGGGCGUCGCUAUCAAACAGGCACUGAUAGAACGCAUAAAAGUUUAGUUUGUUGUAAUUGUGUGGUGAUGUAA